UCGCAAUAUACUGCUAAAGAGAGUCAGAGACGGAAGGCAAUGGGUUCCAAGGGGUUGCAGAUGCUGGGCAGCGCCCUGGCCCUGCUUGGCUGGAUUGGGGUGAUCGUUGUCUGCGGCGCGCCCAUGUGGCGGGUCACUGCCUUCAUUGGCAACAACAUAGUGACAUCCCAGACCAUCUGGGAGGGCAUCUGGAUGAGCUGCGUGGUCCAGAGCACGGGCCAGAUGCAGUGUAAGGUCUACGACUCCAUGCUGGCUCUGAGCACUGACCUGCAGGCCGCCCGGGCCCUCGUGGUGGUUUCUAUUGUCACAGGCAUCAUCGGGCUCCUCAUGGCCUUCGUUGGUGGCAAGUGCACCAACUUCAUUCCAGAGGAGGCGGCAAAGGCGAGGGCCGUGGUGGGGGCCGGGGUGGUGCUGAUCAUCUGCGGGGUCCUGUGCCUCAUCCCUGUCUCCUGGACUGCCAGCAUCAUCGUAAGGAACUUCUACAACCCUCUUCUGACGGACGCCCAGAGAAGAGAGCUCGGUGCUGCUCUUUACGUUGGCUGGGGCGCUGGGAUACUGCUGCUCGUGGGAGGGGGGAUACUGUGUGCCAGCUGUCCCCCCAGGGAAGACAAAGCCCCCUCUGUGAAGUACCUGUUAAAUAAGUCCUCAGGAGAAGCCAGCAAGCAGGACUCAGUUCGGUCUUCUACCCCAACAAAGACGUAUAUCUGAGGCUUUCAAAGGGACAAAUGGAACUCUGGUUUUGUCUCCAAUAAAUAAUGGAAGCUUGAAGGACUAGCUGCAAAAUAUAAAGGAAAAGCAGCUGUACGCACAGACUUCUCACUGUGAAGGAGACAUGCACGUCAUCACAAUAUGAAUAGGUAUAUGAAGGCACUAUAUGUUUAAGAUUUGUGUAAUAUCCAUCUUAUUUGUUGUAAUGACUAUAUACUGUAUGGUAGUGUAAAUAAGAGUUAUUUACAUGUUUGGGAAAACUGGUAACUUCAGUCUGAAAAUGUAAAAUUUAAAUUUUUGGCAUCAUCGCCAUAUGGCACUUUGAUAUUUGAGGUUUUGUCACAAUAAAUGGCCUUUAAUGUGAGCUUUUUUCUCCCAGUCAGUCUUGUUUGUAUUACUUCAA